AUACCAACCUGGCGCUGACCAUCGAUUACCAGUCACCUUGAGCUUCUCCAGCAAGUUGCAUCGUGUGAAUCCUGAGAAAGUCCACCACAGCAAAACAAAAACAAACACAAUGUUCAAGUUGAUCGUCGCAGUUUUCGCCUUGGUGGCCAUCGCCAGUGCAUUUCCGUCGGACUUCCAGCAACCACGUGAAGCUAGCGUAGUUCCAGGAGUUCAGGUAGCACAGGAUCAGCCACAGGACCUGGUGGCGGCUGUUGAUGGUGACGAGCAGAACAAGGAGGGACUGGAGAAAUCGGAAACGUUCGGCUUUGGAUACUACCGCGGUUAUCCACGUUACUACGGAUAUGGUUACGGAUAUCCGCGAUACUACGGCUACGGAUACCCCCGGUACUACGGAGGAUACGGCGGAUACUACUGGUAGAUUGCGACUAGUGAGAGUAGGAGGUGAUAUUGAUAAGUGAGGGUACAAAAAUGCACAGGGAGUUGAUUUCCGAACUAUUUAAUAAAUUAUUCUAAUUAUA